AUGACGAUCGGCUACCCGACAAUUAAACUCUCAAAUGGAGUCGAAAUGCCGAUUUUGGGAUUGGGCACAUGGCAGUCAUCACCUGAAGAGGUGAAAAACGCAGCGAAAGAGGCGAUCAAAGCCGGGUAUCGACUCAUCGACACAGCGAUGAUUUACGGAAAUGAGACACAGAUUGGAGAAGCGCUCAAGGAAUGCAUUGCUGAGGGAAUUGUGAAAAGAGAGGACAUGUUCAUCACCACAAAAAAUUGGGUCACCCAUCUUCAUCCCGAGGAUAUCGAGGGUUCAUUGAGGGAAUCGCUGAAAAGACUUCAACUCGACUUUGUCGAUCUUUAUCUAUCGCAUGCGCCAACUGCAAGGAAGAAAGACCUUUCCGGUCAGGAUCACACGCUGAAAGUCGAGGAGAACUGGAAGGGAAUGGAAGCCGUUUACAGGGCGGGACUGACUCGAGCGAUCGGCGUCUCCAACUACAGCACCUCGCAAAUCGAACGUGUUAUGAAAAUUGCCGAAGUGCCGAUUCACAAUCAACAGAUCGAACUCCAUCUUUAUUGGCCUCAAAUUGAGCAACACGAGACGUGCAAGAAGCAUAAUAUCUCACUCACAUCCUUUUCAACUCUAGGAUCACCGGGCAGAAAAACCUGGGUUCGCCCCGAUGGAUCUGUUUCCAACUACGAUGAUAAUGUCCCCGCCGACAUGGAUGAUCCAUUCGUGCAAGAACUCGCCAAGAAAUACAACAAAUCGCCAGCUCAUAUUCUUCUCCGUUGGGCAAUCGAGCGAAACAUUGCUGUUAUUCCAAAAUCCGUCACUCUCUCACGAAUUCGUGACAAUUUCAAUGUCUUUGACUUCAAAUUAACAGAUGAUGAGAUGAAAAAGUUGAACAAUCCCCUUCACAAACAUCGCCUUUUCAUGAAUGAACCAAUGACCGGUCAUCCAGAGGAUUCACUCGUUGAGGAAAGAAAGAAA